GUACAAGUUUUUGCCCACACCAAUGAAUAAGCGGCCAGUGGAGGCUCAUCCAAAGGCUAGUCUGACCAAUCUCGACGACAAUAGUGUAUAAAUAUUUCGUUGAAGCAUCGCGCGCUCAGAAACUCACAACACUCGACGCGCAAACACCGCAAACAAACAACGCAUAUAUUCUGUAUCGUGUUCUCUUGUUUUUCCACUGUAUUUGUUUACGAGUCGACUUUGAAAGUGAACGGAAAUAAUUACCAGGAACUAAUUAUUCAUUAAUUUAAAAAUAUACACAAUGCUGUUGUUGGUAUUGACGAUAACAGUGGCGUGCGCAAUGGCACAGCGUCCCAUGUACGCCGGCAGUGGCCCAAUCGGUCGCCCUGAAUUAGCCAAUCGUUUUCGUGAUCCUGCCGCAGAGACAUCCACCACAGCUCCUGGUUUAAGUAAUCGUCUUGGUGAGGAUUACCCCCCACCUAACUUACCAGUUGAUGCUUUGGGUGAUGAAGAGUUGGUAAACCGACUUAAUCAAUGGCCCAGGGAACAUAGACCAUUCUGGUUGCUCAAUUCUGCUGCCAUCGAAGAACAGAGGAAUCAAAAUGUGAACAGAUUAGUACAACAAGCUCAAGCCCAACAGAAUCAACAAAAUCAACAAGCUCAAGGUCAACAACCCUUAGAAUCCAGGGAAGUAACUUUGAUCAACAAUCCACCGAUGAUCAAGUUGCUUCCCUACCUAUUAGGCCCACUGGUCAAAGACCAACUUUUUGGUCCCGUGGUAAUUGAUUCCUGUUGAUUUGGAAGAAAUAAAGACUUUGUGUUAGCGUAUGUUUUUAUAAUACGCUAUUUUCUAUUGGUGGAAUAAACGCUUCUUUUGGGUGUUAUUUUUAAAAUUAAA